CCAUCGUCUAUCCGCUUUGCCGUGUUGGCAUUGGCAGCCAAGGAGAAGCAUUGCUUCACUAGAAUCACGUGACAGUGCGCGAUGGCAGAUCCGAGCAUCCAGGUCGUGGACGGCGUCAUCCGCAAACUGCUAAGCGUACAGGACAAACCGACCCAAACCGAAGUCACAGACAUCACCACGGACGAAGUGCUGCUGCUAUGUCGUAAAAUUCGCGCGAUUUUCUUGGAACAACCACCACUUGCCGAGGUCCCAGCACCGAUAAGCAUUUGCGGGGAUACUCACGGCCAGUACUCUGAUCUGCUGCGGUUGUUUGAGAUGGGCGGCUUCCCAGAUGAACAACGGUAUCUCUUCCUGGGGGACUACGUCGACCGUGCAAUGCAGAGUAUCGAGACGAUCUGUCUGCUUUUUGCUUACAAGAUCAAGUACCCAGAACAGCUCUAUUUACUGCGAGGAAACCACGAGUGUGCUUCAAUUAACCGUAUUUACGGAUUCUAUGACGAGUGCAAACGCCGCUACUCUGUCAAGGUCUGGCGUACGUUCGGUGACUGCUUCAACUGCAUGCCUAUCUCAGCUGUAGUAGCAGGAAAGAUUUUCUGUACGCACGGAGGACUUUCACCGGACCUGUAUACACUGGAUCAAAUCAGAAACAUCCGCCGCCCGACGGACGUACCCGAUGAAGGUUUGCUGUGUGACCUGCUAUGGGCAGACCCCGAUCCAGAUAGUCAGGGUUGGACCGAGAGUGAUCGCGGUGUAUCGUACAUUUUCGGAUCGGAUGUAGUGGACCAGUUUCUGAAGACACAUGAUCUCGACCUUGUCUGCCGAGCGCACCAGGUCGUUUCAGACGGCUACGAAUUCUUCGCUGGACGCAAACUUGUGACCAUUUUCUCUGCGCCAAACUACUGCAACGAAUUCGACAAUGCCGGAGCGAUGCUGGUCGUGGACGAUAAACUUCGUUGCACCUUCAAAGUGCUCUCGUCCGGUGAUAAGCGCAAACAAUCUAAGAGGCUCUAA